GUGGGUUUGCUUGUGACAAGCGUUUGGCCAAGGGGGUCUCUAAUAUUAGUUCAUGCACUCCAAAGGAAGAAGGAAAGGGUCUUGAAUGUUGGUUGUUACAUGAGGUAUUCCACUCAAAAGUUUUAAUGGAAAUCUCUCUGCUAGUCCUUACUUUGGCUGCAACAACUUUAGCUUCGGGUCUUGUGUUGAUUAUCACAACUGUUGUUUGUAUUGUUAGGAAGAAUGUAUUGAAGAAGAGGAAAGAGAAAAAGCAAUUAGGAGGUCUGUUGUCCAACUUAUACAAGUCCAUACUACAUUUUCCAUAUGAAAGUCUAGAAUCGGCCACAAAUUACUUCCAAAAUUCCAAAAAGCUGGGAGAAGGGCGUUAUGGUUCAGUUUACAAAGGAAUUUUACCAGAUGGGAAAGUUGUUGCUGUUAAGAGGCUCUUCUUCAAAAGUAAACAAACUGCAGAUGAUUUCUUUAAUAAAGUCAAUUUGAUCAGUGGCAUCAAUCAUAAAAAUCUAGUAAAGCUGUUGGGAUGCAGCAUUACAGGCCCUGAAAGCCUUCUUGUUUAUGAAUAUGUGCCAAACCAAAGCCUUCUUGAUAACUUUUCUGGUAUUGAAAUAAUCUUGAACUCCUGUUCAUAUAAGAAUAUUAACUUUUCUUAUUCAGUUCAUUUACUUGUGCGCCUUUUGAGUCAGUUAAAAUUAAUCCUCAGCUGAUGAGGUGGGAUGUAAGGUAUUAGAUCAUAUUGGGUACAACUGAGGGCUUGGCCUAUCUUCAUGAGGAAUCAAAUUUGAGAAUUAUCCAUCAAGAUUUGAAAUUAAGCAAUAUUCUACUUGAUGGUGAUUUUGAGCCAAAGAUUGCAGAUUUUGGACUUCUUAGAUUAUUUCCAAGACAUGAGGUAGAGGCGAACGGUAUGACUAUGUGCACAGGAUGUUAUAUAGCUCCAUAGUGUGCUAUUGCUGGCAAACCAUCUGAGAAGGCAGAUGUUUACAAUUUUGGAAUUAUUGUCCUUCAAGUUGUAUGUGGAAAAGGAAAUUGGACUUUCAGAAAGGGUAGGCUAUGUGAAGCUGCUGAUCCAGUCUCAGAGGAUUAUUUUCGGAAUGUGGACCCUUCCCGAUUACUUCAAAUAGGGCUGCUUUGUGUACAAGUAGCUGCAGAGCUAAGACCAUCAAUGUCGGUAGUUGUGAAAAUGCUAAUCAAUAAAGAUGAAAUUCCUCAACCAACGCCUCCACCUUGGGUUAAUUAUUGAGCAUUGGAGAAAGGGCCAAUUUGUUUGACACAGCAUGACAGAAGAAGUUUGAUUGAGCCUAGAUGAACAUUUUGCUUCAAAGACAACCUUACUAUAUGUUCUUUCAUAGGAACCCCAUGUCACCAGGUGUUGCUGUUGCCAACUCCAAACUCAUGGCUUUCCAGAAUUUUUUUCUAUUGUGUUUCCUUCUUGAAUUAGUGCAGAGGAUGUUUUGCACAAAAGUUUAAUUCAUCUUGACAUUAUUUAGUUUUUGAAGUAUGACUGUUUGCUUAAGGUAUGUGGAGAAACAAGGUUGACAAAUGAU